UAAUCAUUGUUCACUUUGACGUCUGUCAAAGUUGAUCUGCAAAAGUUAGGUUAGGUGAAGAUAGAUUUAUGAUUUAUAUAUGAUAAACAAUCGCAUGGUUAAAAGGUAAUUUUUAUAGUUUCGCUACCCAAUAAUGGAAUUGAGUGAAAGUACGGUCAAGAGCUUGUCUAGUCUGCAGAACCCGAAGAUAAUUAAUGAUGUUAUAUUUGGAAAUUUGAUUGAUAUAGCAGUUUUACAGUUAUGUGAAAAAUCUGAAGAGAAAUAUAUAGCUCAACUCUAUGGAUCAAAACCAGACGUAGUCAAAGAAAUUUUUGGCAAUUUAUCGAGCGUGUUGAUUGAUGCAGCCCGUCUUGACCUCGAUGGAGAGACAUUGAGUGUUGCACUCUCAAAUGCAAAUAUCACUGGUCCCAGAGUAAAGAAACUAUGUGAUACUUAUGUGAGUAAUAAAGAAGGUAUCCAGGCAUCGUUGAGCAGAAUCGGUAAUAGCUUACCUCACAUCGUUGACGUCAAUUGGAAGUUAGACUACUGUGUUAAGUCGAACAUAGAAGACUACAUUGGUUCUCAAUUAUAUACCAUUCAAUUUAGCACGAUUAAUCAGGGACAACCAGAGGUGAUGAAGUUUGCUUGCACCACUCAACAGCUUCAAGAACUUGUGUAUAAAUUGAAGGAUGCUGUCAGACAUGUGGAAAAAGUUGCCAAUGUUUAAAAUCAUGUUAGGAUAAUACAUGCCUGUCGAACUUUUCCUCAAAUUUCAUGUUUGAAAUAAAAUGACUUAUUUAAAA